AUGAACGAAGAAGAUGGCGGAUUCGAAGAAGCCGGCGGACGAUUCCGCAGGUUUCGACGACGGCUCAAGAAGGAUUGGAGCCAGUUGUGGCAUGAUUUAAGUGAUCAUAAACAAAUGAGGUUUCCAUGGCCGAUAAAUACUCCUUUAGAAGUGUACGAACAAGUUGGAGCCGAACGAUUUGAUCCCUCUUCUCAUAGAUAUCAAAUGCCAUUUUUCUGGAAGACACUAGCAGUUCCAGCGACUCCUUCUUGGGCACUAUUAGUUUGUAUAAUUGAGUCAAGUUUCGCUUUGGUCUGUUUUCUGGCAGUAAUGCUCCAUUAUGCAAUAUUUCUGCCGUGGUGUGAUGUAUACUCGAAACCACUUAUCGUAUUCUACUUAACAGCUUUACAGUAUGCUGUUUUUUAUUCAUUUAAAGUCAUUUUCGUGAUCUCAAUUGUUGAAAGAAACGCUCGUCUCCUCCGUCUUCAACUCUUCUUUCAAUAUGCCACGUGCGUAUUUCUUCUUCUCGAUGCCGCUUUUGCAUUGGCUGCUGACUUUGGAGGAUACAAUGAAGAGUUGAUCUAUUGUGACAAGAAUCCAUUGCUGAUUCGAUUCGUCGCAAUCAUUUCAUUGAUAUUUCUUUUCGUUCAAAUGUUCCUUCGAAUUAUCACAGUUCAAGUGUACAAUUUCAUGUGGGAUGUUCGAAAGUUUCGAAAAUCACUGAACAAUUCAAAGUGGAGGUACCGGAAACGUGUGCAUUUCACGUAUUGCUCCAUCAUGCAAGAGGAUUUUAAGAAUGAAAGACUACAGAAUAAAACGAAAAGUGUGGAAAGUCGUUUCCGGAAUGAUCAAGAAGAGAUUUUGAGACAGAUUCAAAGGAAACAAAACGUCACGAAUAUUAGUAUUGCUCCAGAUGAACCAUUUGAUGAGGGACAAUUACCAUUUAAUGCUAGAUCUACUUCGACUCUAUCAACACCAUCAAAUCCUACAACAAUUACUUCUCCACUUGGAAAAAGGAAGCAUCGUACUCUUACAGUUUCUUCAUCAUCAUCCAAAAAGAUGAGAGAUAAUGAAGGGAAAAAAGUAAAAGUUUCAAAAAGGAGACCGGGAGGAAUCAAAGUGCAACUUGAGGUUGAUUACGAAACUGCUCGAUUACUGUUCAGUCCGAAGAAGAAUGGUCGAAUCCCGAAUGUCCACGUGGAAGAACUAGAAAUGGAUCUAGACGACAUGGAUGACGACAUUCAUUCGGAAGAGCAUGAACCAAUUGUAUGA